AUGGAAGACAAUCAACGUAAGAAGAAAAAGCAAGGGACAGUCUUGCUCAUUAAGUUGUUAGUUAUCGUUAUUCUUUUAGCCAGCUUAAUUGGCAUUUUAGUUUACUUUGGCCGUUCAACUCAAUCAAAAACAGAGAAGGCUAUUGCAGAGAUUGAAAAGCCUAAAGAGAACAAGUCUUUACUUAAAAGAACUAACUAUCGUAAGUUACUACUUUGGGCCCAUUCAUUUAACAAAAAUGAUACUUUCUUAUCUCGUAAAAGUACACCAGCCGAUAAGAAAAAGGCCCAAGAGAACGUUAAGUGGCUCAAUACAGUCCUUAAAGACGGUCUAGCUGCUUAUACAACUUAUGUCCAACAAAAUCCAGGCAAAGUCUUACCAGCCGCUCUUUUAGAAGGAUUCUUUAAAGGGAGUAUCUUUAGAUACAUUCUUAUCUCUAGUAAUGAUCCUAAAACACUACUUACUACAGCUGGUCUUCUAGUUAAUGAUAAGUUUAUUUGUUCUGAAGCCGCUGAUAGGAAACUUUUUGACUGGUUAGUACAAGAUAAGGAUGAGGAGUUACAAACUAUGCUGCAUAAAAUGAUUGCUGAAGCCGAGACGUGUGAAAUGGGUAAGGUAGGUCUAGGAAUUAGAAGAGUUUUAGUCUUAACUAGUUGUUUACUGAUAUGGGUACCCGGUCCAAUAAUGAACCUUCGAGUUAUUGGUGAAAGUACACGUACUAUGCUUCAAGUACUUAAGCGGUAUAGCGUACUCUUUGAUACUCUCUUCUGGGAACGUAAUGCCAAGAAGCAAUGCAUUCUGGAAAAGGACUUAAAGAAGAAGCAGGCCUUAGCUAAGGAAAUAGAAGAGACAAGACAAAAACAACUGAAGUUCUUAGGAGAAGUCGUGAUAGCUAAUUCUGACGUAUCUGUUUUAAGAGAUUUAGGAGCUUUAUUACAAGAUGCACUAUACGGUGUAGGUGUAACUAUCUUUGAGUACUAUACUUCCUUAAUGAGUGAUACUACUAUAGCUAGAGGAGGAAUAUUUGGGACAAAGAACGAAUUCUUCUAUCGAGUCUUCUUUAAGCCGGUGGGAAUUUACUUCUCAACUUCGGUGGUAGGCGAGUGGUUGAAUGGUUCGCAUCAGAUUAGUGUCCGGUAUAAGCAGGCUGAAAAUCAAGCUACACCUACUCCUGCCAUAGUAGCUGACCAACUGACUAAGCUCUUACCGAUUACUGAGAAGUCAGCUCAAAUCUUUGAAAAGGCUACGGCUUACUUACUAUGUGCGGCUGAUUUACUACUGGGAGUUGAAUGUCGGCCUUGGGUUUUAGAAGAGCUUAAGGCUAAUUAUAUAGCUAUGUUGUCCAUUCAGUUAGGAGAGUUUCCAUUUAUUAUGCAGUUGGGUCCAGAUACGUAUUUAUCACCAACUAUCAUGCAAAACGAGCUUUAUGAUUUAUGUGCGCAAGAAGUCUUCCAUGAGGACAUUGUAAGAGCCGGUCGUACUGGGUUUAGUUUCCGUUUCUGGGAGAACAGGAGUGAAGAGGCUGAAAAGAAGGCCAUUGCCAACCUGAAGAAGACUCGUUCAGCCGGAAUGGUUAAGAUUAAGGAGCAAGUAAACAAGUCAGGUACGCAAAUGGUUCAAAUUCUCGAGGAUAACAACAGGAGUAUGGCAGUCAUUGAUGCCGGACUAGCCAGAAGCAUUCAAGCGGCUAAAGAUAAAGAAGGUAAAAAAGCCAAUGCUGGCUAA